CUGCUGUUUUCCACUUUAAUGGUAUUGGAAAUCAGAUUUGGCACGUACCAAGACGACCAGUUAAUGGCACACGUUCUCUUGUUACCCCUUGAAGAAUAAACGUACCCUUCUUCCUCAGUCUCCGUGGUUUCCUUUUGUUUCUGCGGAUGACAUCAUGGACCUCUGUCUGUGGUCUAAGAGUAUCACAAGUGGACGCCAACGUUCUGGAUCUGAAGUCUGUGAGGUCAGUGUGUCAUUUUGAGAGGAAUGUGAAGCCAUUUUAAUGCGUCUGAUUACAGCCACCACUGGAGAGCCUUGACUCAACAUGCUGGGGUGGCCCAGGCAGGCCCGGCAACAGCUAGGAUGCCUAUCACCCAAGAAAAUGCCCUGAACCAUCUCCCCCUCCUGGAGAACUGGCUCAGGGCUCGAGGAAAGGACCGAGACGAGGGCGAUGAGUCUCGGAUGAGCACAGGGGGUGUUUGCCAGGCUGCCAUCUGCAAGCUUGUGGAAUACAUCCAGCUAAACUUUGCUGAAAUUGAGAGUCCUUUGUACAGUAGUAGCCCAUUUAGAGAGGAAACUGAUGCUGAAGUAAAGGCGGUCUACCUGAACAAAUCUGAGGAAGAUGGACCGGAGUUCGGCCUCAGCUUUGGAAAUAUUCCCAUUUUUGGAGACCCAGAGGGGAAAAAGAAAGGAGUCAGGAGGAGGCGCAGAAAGUGCGAUAAAGGCCCUGUGUUGGAUGUCGGGUGUAUUUGGGUGACUGAAGUGAAAAAGAACAGUCCAGCAGCCCACUGUGGAGACAUUAAGCUGCGAGAUGAGCUGCUGUCACUAAAUGGACAGCUGAUGGUUGGGGUCGACGUCACUGGAGCCAGUUACUUGGCGGACCAGUGCUGGAAUGGAGGCUGCAUCUACCUGAUCAUGCUGCGAAGAAUCAAACGCAAAGCUCCUCUCCCUCCAUGCAAUGGCAACAAUGGGGGUAACUGUGUGGACGUUUCUAAAGAACCCCGGCGCAAUGUCUCCGACAAGCCUGUUGGCAGCCCCACACACAAUGGGCAAAACGGAAAACGAACCCGCAAAUUUGGCGUUAUUUCCCGCUCCUCGUUCACUUGCGACAGCAAAGACAGUAAAGAUAGCCGGGACUUUGAGCAUGAGAAUGGCUACAGCUCCAUGGAGGCAACAUCCCCAGAGAGCAGCUCCCCUCAGGGCACACCGACCGAUGAUUGUCCGGUCAUUGGCUCCUCUGAGUUGAUUUCAAAUCGCUUGAAGAUUGGGAGCACGGCCACCCUACCCAGCCGAUCCCACUCACGCUACAAAACUGAGUCAAUAAGCAGUGAACCUUCCAGUCAGGCCUGUGAGGGCAGCCAGAUCUGGAAGAUGCACAUGGUGAAGGGUCAAGACGGACUGGGUAUCCAGAUCACAGGCGGUCGAGGGUCCAAACGCUCUCCUCACGGUAUCAUUGUGGCCCACGUGGAGGAGGGAGGAGCUGCACAGAGAGAUGGCCGUCUGAAGGCAGGCAAUGAGUUACUUAUGAUAAACGGUCAUUCCCUUGUUGGACUCUCACACCAGGAGGCUGUAGCCAUCCUGCGCUCCACUGCCGGACUCGUGCAGCUGGUGGUGGCCAGCAGGGAUGAAUCCGAAGUGGACUUCCACAAGUACCCGUCCACCAGCUUGCCCGACCUAGUGAGCACGUGCUCAGGUCCGGACGCCUCUCCCUCCCCCGGGGAGGAGAAGGAGAAUAUGGAGCCGGACAUGGAGGACGUGAGGGCCAGCAGUCUUUCACUGCCCACCCAGGACUUGUUUACAGAUCUUGACAGACUGGAGGAACGUGGCAGGGUUGAGGGUCCCAAAGGAUGCCGAAGCCCCACACCGAUGAAGUUCCGUAGCAGAUCCCAAGGUGGAGGGAGCCGCCUGGAGUCUGUUGGCGAAGAUGAUGAGCUUAUCGUGGAAAAUGGUGAUCCAGGAAGUGAGGUGGCAGAAAAGCCAGUGCGAGGAGGACGCAAACAUUCCCUCCCACAGCAGCUGGAUACUGUUGGUAUCCGACAGGAAUAUCAAAUCGUGAAGAAAUCGGCCCGUUCCCUGAGCACUGUUCAAGUGGAGUCUCCAUGGCGACUGGCACAGCCAUCCAUAAUCUCCAACAUUGUCCUGAUGAAAGGACAGGGCAAGGGUCUCGGCUUCAGUAUUGUCGGUGGUCAGGAUUCGGCCCGGGGGAGGAUGGGUAUAUUCGUCAAGACCAUUUUCCCCAAUGGAGCAGCUGCAGCAGACGGGAGGCUGAAAGAAGGUGAUGAGAUAUUGGAGGUCAAUGGAGAGUCUCUCCAAGGGCUCACGCACCAGCAGGCCAUUCAGACCUUCAAGCAACUGAAGAAGGGGGUAGUUACCCUAACGGUGAGGACCCGUCUGAGAAGCCCCAGUCUUACACCCUGUCCCACGCCAACCCUUCUCAGCAGAUCCAGCUCUCCAAACUCGAAUGCCAGUGGUGGGACUCCAGUCCCUACUAGCUUUGAAGAGGGGGACUCUCGUAGGGGUCCUGGUCCCAAGGAUCGCAUUAUCAUGGAGGUUACAUUAAACAAAGAGCCAGGUGUGGGGCUGGGCAUCGGUGCCUGCUGUCUGACACUGGAAAACAGUGCUCCUGGGAUCUACAUCCACAGCUUGGCACCAGGUUCUGUUGCCAAAAUGGAUGGCAGACUCAGUCGAGGAGACCAGCUUCUGGAGGUGGAUUCUGUGAGCCUGAGACAUGCUGCGUUGAGUGAAGCCUAUGCUAUCCUGAGUGAAUGUGGACCCGGCCCGGUCAGCCUCAUCAUCAGCCGACAUCCAAACCCCAAAGUGUCUGAACUGGAGAUGGAUGAAGUGAUCACUCGCUCCACGCACAGAGAUAGUCAUUCUUCCCACACACUUGGUCUGCCGUCAAAGAGUCCAUCUCCCACGGUUAAAGUCAAGCAGGGUGAGGGUAAUCCUGCUCUCAGCUGGACCAUGAAGAGAUUCCUAGAGCCAGCCAGCAGGCAAGGCUCAUUGAGUUCAGAGGCAGAGCUCGCUCAGUAUUUCUCAGUUCACGAUGUACCCAGCCAAUCUUCCCUUUCUGAGACCAUGGCGAUGGGAUCCAGUGAUGAUGACAUGCUGCAUUGUAGCAGGACCUGUAUUACGUCCAUGGAGGAAUCAGCAGCACCUCAGUCACAUGUCUUCCGGGAUGGUUCCACUAGAGGUUCGGAUAGUAGUCCCACUACCCCAGAAUGUUGUAAAGCUUCAGGCAGGGCUGGUUGCACCGUAGACACGGCCCAACAGGCCAGCGUGGGAAGCAGCCCGAGUUCUGUACGUAGCCCACUUCUCCGUCAGCGCCGGGUCAUCUGCUACGAGGAUGAGCCCAGUGACGACGAGACCGGACUUGAAGAAGACAGUGGCCCCUUUCGUCGCCGUCUCCGUGGGGUCUCAGAGGUCGGCCACCAUCACCACCAAGAGGACGACUCUGGAAUUAUUAUAGCCACAUCAUCUCUUGAAGUCGAUGAUGAAAGCCAGGAUAGUAGCGAAAGCCACAGACAAAUCGGUAGCGAGUCAGCCACUCCGAUCUACGGCAGCUCGCUUGAAUCUGAGGAAGGAACUAGCGGCCCUCCUGGCUCCGAAUCGCCCUUCAUGCCCAUUCGCUGUGUGGAGGCAGCCGGAGGAACAAACCUGGGCAUCAAGAAAGAACCCCAUCGAGAAGGGCUGGAGGUUAAACGCUCACCCAAGCUGGAGCACAAAGCCGUGACUCGUGUCAAGAGCAUGAUGAGCAUUGAGUGCCCUAGCCCUCCACAAAAGGCCAAGGGUGAAGAACCAACUUUACUCCCAGCAACCCCCGUCCAGGUAACGCAGAAUAGCCCACGGCCGCCCUGCAGGAUGCUGCACUGCAAGAAGGGUGAAUCCAGCGAGCUUGCGGGGGUCUGCACCAUUGAGACAAUUGUGCUCCAGCGUGGUGAGACCGAGUCUUUUGGUUUGGAUCUGGAGAUUAAGUCCGCUCCACUCAAGGUGCUGAUCACAGGACUUAGACCAGGUGGUGUUGCGGAAAGGGAAGCCUCAGGGAAAAUGAGUGUUGGUGAUGAGAUUGUAACAAUUGGUGACACCCCUGUGUGUACAUCCACCUAUCAGGAGAUCUGUGACCUCAUGCACAACCUGCCAAUCACAUUGAAUUUAGAGAUUAAGAAGCCAGUCUCAGCUGUAGAUCGACUUUCUAGCUUGAUUAUGUCCUCUGGCUGUGAGGGGUCAUCAAAAUUGGAGGCACCUAGGCCUCCUCCAGAGGAAAGGAAUCAUAUGGACAAAACUUCAGUUGUGGCUCAAGAAAGUCCAUCAUCAGAAACAAAUGCAAAACAGGAAUUAGCAAUCCACACCAACAGCAUGCCUGUCACUAAUAUUGAUGAUGUAAUAGCUGAACUGAACUCAUCCGAAAUCCAAGAAAAACACCAAAAUGUAUUGGGUUAUACAGACACAACUACAAAAGAAGAGUGCAGUAAAGUAGAUGACAGAGAGACUGCAGCGCCAUCACAACCAAACCUGGAUUUCUCUGCACUAGAUGUAGGGAACAAUCCUUGCCAUUUUCCUGUAGGAAAGACAUUUUUAAAUAGUUACUCAAGAAACUUUAGUAAUCUGGCAGAGGAUGUUAUCCCUCUUGAGAAAGACCAUGGAGAGAAACCAAGUAUGUACAGUCUGGUGGAGGAUAGUGACUCUGAGAGCGACUCUGCAGUCAGUGCGGUCAAAAUAGAGAUGUCUCAAGGUCACUGUAAGGGUCCUCAGGACACUGACUCGGAUGAAGAGGAGGUUGAGCUCUGUAUCGGCACUGUCAGUCAACCCGCAUUCAGCCAAUCAGAGGGCAGUACUCCGGCUACUGUCAAUGCUAUUUCUUUCUUGCAGACUGUUGACAAGACAUUUGCUUGUAUGGAUCGCCACAAUUCUCCAUCACCCUCAGCACAAGACAAGGAUUCACAAGAGAGCAAUCAUUCACUCCUUAAGUUACCUGACAAGCUUUGUCCUCAAGUUUUAGAUGAUGUUCUUUUAAAUGGGGAUAGUGGACACACUCUCACACAACAGGAGGAAAUGUGUGCAUCUCAGAGAAUACUAUCAAACUGCAACACUGAUGAAAAAUGUGAAACCAUUGUAAAGCCUGUUCAAGUCUCACAGGCAGGUGUCACUUGUUCCCCUGUUGCUCAACGCAACUGCCACGUCACCCCGAGAAGUCAAGAGAGGACUGCUAAGUUGCUCUCAGAUGCAUCCAAAUACUCAGAGAAACUUAACACUGGACAAAUACCACUGAGGUCAACUGUGUCAGAGCCCAAGGCAUCAAAUUAUACCAGUGGCAAAACUAGUGAGCAGGUCUCCUCUACACUUGCUCCAAAAGACAAGGAGAGAGAGACAGUUCAUUCCAUACUUGACUUGAAAUUAUCCCUCUCCCAGGACCAGAGUAAAUCCACCACGUGUUGUGUCAGAUCUUUAGGAACAAAACCCCCUAAUGACACUCCUGUCUCACCCCUGCUGAGAAGUAGACUCAAAGUUGAUGAUAAAAAGUCAAACACCUCUUCUAAACUCAAGGGUUUAAGUAUUAAAAGUAAAUCCAAAGACCAAGAACAGGCUGCCACUAGAUCGCCCAGGGCCGAAAGCCCAGUACAGAAAAAAGCUCUUAGCUCCCCAAGUCAGUCUCCUAAACUCCACUCCAAAAGAACCACACCAACUGGUAGCCCUAAAUUAACCAGACCUUCUGAGAAGAUCAGGGUUUCUUCUUGUAAAACUGACAAAAGUCAGCCAACUGUGCCCAGUACCUUGAAGGCAAAUCCCAUCAACACAACUAAAGAAGAACUCAAGCCUUCCAAGAAGGAGCUAGUCUUGGAUCUAAAGGAGCAAGUCUCGAAAUUGGAGGUCCCUGUUGUCAGCACUCAAAGAACUUUCAUUGAGGUACGACUUUCUUCCUCUUCAUCGUCUACACCUGUGCUCAUGCGCAAGGAAGUCGUGAAUGCAAGCCAUUUAAGCUUGGCCUCAGUACCGGUUGAUCAAGUCGACUGGGAGGCAUCAAGUUCUGACCCUUCUCUUGGAAGUCACACAAUUCCAUUACAAUUAACCAAUUCUUCAUCUAGUUGUCCUCAGCACAGUGGUGCUAAUAAGGCAAAUGAAACUGCUGAGAAAAUGCAUUCCAAUGGCCAGGAAGAAAGUCUCUUUAGGAACUCAAAUAAUAAAGAUGCUACUUCUAGUCUCAAGUCAAACAAAUCCAAACUGUACCUAAGGGGACUAGAACGCAGGAGCUGCUCUACAGACACCAGUGGGUCUCUUGACCCAAACCCCUUCUCAGUUCGUCAAAGAAUCCAGUCCUUUGAGAAUCUGGCCAGCUUUGAUCGAUCUGUUGUAAGGUGUAUAGACAUUCCGUUUUAUGCUAUUAAUUCCAAGUCACCUCUAAACCGGAGGUAUUCUGAGUAUGCUGGAUCUGUUAGCAGUCAAUCCAAUGACAGUCGUUCUUUGAGGAGGAGUUUCAGCUCAUGUGUAGACAGUUUGAGCUCAACUCCAUCUCUACCAUAUCCACAGAAUUUGUCUUCUAGUUCCACCAACUCUGAAUCCACUCCUUUGAACCAAACCACAGAAGCUGUUAUGAAAGAGAAGGCAAGAAUUAAGUCCUCUCAGAACACGGCCACCGUAAACACGCCACCAGUACUGCGCUCCCGCAAUGCCCGUGCCCAUGGAGGCCUGUCACGCUCCAAAUUGAGAGAGAUAAAGGCACUCAGCAUGCCUGAACUGGACAAGUUGUGUUCUGAGGAUUUUACCAGUGACCCUGGAAAUGUGAUCUUUAAGACGGAGCUGGAAAUACACCCUUGCAGAUCCAUAAACACAGCACCACACAGCCUGCAGUGCACUAUGAUGACCACCAGGGAGAGCAGUGUUGACACUGGGGCUCUUGCUUCAACCAGUAAUGGAGAGCAACAUGAAGGCCAGGUCACAGGGUUAUCAUGUUGGUCUAUAAGUUUGAAAGACCUUGAAUCUUCUCCUUUGGACCAACAUAAAGUGCAAGAUCUUCUGUGUUUCCUCACAACCAAAGUGAAUGUGACCAGUCUCAUACAGGAAACAAAAACUCUUUCAGAGGUUAAAGAUGACAUUUACUUUGUGAUCUUAACCAAAGAGCAGGGAUCUGGACUGGGUUUCAGUAUCGCUGGAGGAGUAGAUCUCGAGCAGCAAUCUAUUACUGUCCAUCGGGUGUUCACUCGAGGGGUGGCAGGAGUGGAAGGUACCAUUCACAGAGGAGAUAGGGUUUUGUCGAUAAACGGGACCAGCUUGAGUGGGAUCACACACGGAGAGGCACUGUCCUGCCUUCAUCAGACCAGACUGCCGAGACAAGCAUUAGUGGUCAUCCAGAAAGACAAGAACACUGAGCCAACAUCAACUAGACAAGAACUUCCUCUUCAGACUAUUGUCUGCCCUUCUCCUGGACAUAGAGUCAGCAUCAGGGAACAUAAAACAAGUGUGGAAGUGGGGCCAGACGGGGCUUUGAGUGUGGAGUUACAGAAGACCACAGCUGGUCUGGGGUUCAGUCUAGAUGGAGGCAAAGCAUCUGCCCAUGGAGAUCGACCUCUCUACAUAAAACGCAUUUUUUGUGGAGGAGCUGCUGAGCAGUCCCGGGUCAUUGAUGUCGGAGAUGAACUUUUAGCCAUCAACGGCAGGUCUUUGCAAGGCCUUAUGCACUAUGAUGCCUGGAACAUCAUUAAAAUGGCCUCUGAGGGUCCUGUUCAGUUAGUCAUCAGAAAACCGCGGACUUCAGUAUGACGUCUGAUAUAUCUGCAUGUUUGUGAGAUGCCAAACUGGGGCGGACUCUUAAUUGUACAUAGAUUUUGCAUUGUUUUUAUAUGUGUUUGAUACAGAAUCUCUAUGAUGAAGAAUUUGUUGCACAUUGAUUUUUAAACAAGGCUUCUGCAGAUUUGUGCGGGCUUAAGGUAUUGACUUUUUAAUUGUAAGAACUAUGAAUUAUGUUAAUAACUACAUCCCUUGUAUGAUAGUUUUAUACUUACAGCUUUUACAUGGUGAUAUUGCAAACCACUAAAGAGUUUGUUCACUCUGCCUAAUCUAAUGGAAUAUGUCAACAUAUAUAUAUAUAUAUAUAUAUAUAUAUAUAUAUAUAUAUCACUCUGUGUGAAUUAUAAAGUGAGAUUUUGUUUGAAUUGGUUUGUGACUUAAAAUGUAUUUGUGGAUUUUUUUUUCUUUUGUUUCUCUAAAUCAAUUAUUGAUUUAUUAAUUUAUCUUGGUGAAGGUUAAAGGAUGUAAUUUUAGUGCUACUUAGAAAUAGAUACAGACCAUUGUACAGAAAAACAGGAAUCCCACCUCCCAUAACGGCAUUAGUUAAACCGCAAGUUUACGUGGCAAAAGCAGCUUUUUUGACAGAGACUUCAGAAUAAAUACUCUAAACAAAUCUGUUCAUUUAAAAUACAGUCAUUUAAUGAAAUAAAAAAGACAUUAGAACACUUUGAUUUGACUGAAAUAUAGAUUUUUAACAUCAUGACAUUUCAGAUUGGUUAUGUUUAAUCAUAUUCUUUCAGCUGUGAAUAUUUUCAUGUUAACUCACAUCUGAGAAUUUCAAAAAAGUUGCCUCUUUAAUAACAUGUAUUAGUGCUGUUUUUAUAUUUUACUUGAAUUUUCUGUGUAAAUAUUGAGGUUCCCAUUGAUAUUAUUGUAAUUUAAUUUCACUGAGUAUUAAGCACAAGUGAAUUAACAAAAGU